GUCGCAGUGUAUCUCCUGCACUUGGCAUAUCCCUCCAACUCGCUCCGAGCGUUGGCCGACUGAACAACGCUGCGAUCUCCUUAAACAUUAUCCUCCAUCCUUCGUGGAUCUACUGUCGUCGGCUGGCAUCUCUGCAGCUUCGUUAUAGGUCUAUGCGCACUUUCUCUCUCAUUAAAUUAGUCUCUGAAGUCGGACAAAGGGAUAUAUCUCUUAUUUUAGGCAGCGUUGGUACAGCAGGACUGUUUAUUCGCAACCCUAGACGGUAUGGCUAACAUGAGAGUCUUCCGUCUCAUUAAAAAGAAAUUACCGCAAAUCUGUCGCUAAAGGACAUGGGCCGAAUUUGCUUUUUGCGCGUGUUAAUAAAACAUGCGUUUUGAUAUUUUCAGCAGAGAUAACUUUUGCGGCGAGCUGGCGCUAUUUCAUUCCAUGCACAACAAGAGAUGAUUCCUUGUGCACCCUGUCAGUAUCGUAUCCCACACUUCCUCUCUGGAGAACUUUGGUCCUUAACGUGGGGUCUGGACACCCAUCUUUGUGCAUCCUGUCUCCAAAAAGUGGACCAAACUUUAGAGUGGUAGAUCACGGGAUUCUUUCUUUCCUUUUCAUUUUUUCAUUAUAUUUUUUCGGUGAAACGUAUGUCGUUGCGAUAUCUUCCAUGCCACCGACCAUCGUGAUAAAUGGACAAGAAUGUGGCAGACACCAUUUGUGGAGAAACUCAAUAGAGAAUCCGCUGGCGAACCUGGAGGACUGGAUUAAGUUCUUAAAAAUAAGCGACUCGUAUGCAACCCACGCGUCUUUUUCUGUGAGGUGGGCUUUGAGAAGAGCGAAGGAGGGAUGUUGGUCCGAAACAAAUUUCCGUUCAUCUUCGGGUUUUGGCACUUCGUGUUCAGCCCAUUCUUUUUGACAUCAUUGCCCCUUGUCUUUCAGCUUGCCCUGGGAGAGCCACAGAGGUCAUGCCCUAGGACUGUAACGGACUCGGUUGGCACCAGGUGCCAGCUGGCCUGCCAGUGUCGGCCCUACCCUCCUCUGCCACCUCCGCCACCGCCACCGCCACCCCCCAGAAUCAUGUUCACUGUGCCUCCUCCAGUGGAGCCCGUACGGAAGCCCUGGUGGAACGAGAUGCUCCUGGUUCUCGGGACGGCCAGCUGUGCCUCUGUGGUCUUCCUCCUCCUCACCGCCAUCAUCUGCUAUAAGGCCAUUAAAAGGAAACCACUUCGGAAGGAGGAGAAUGGCACGAGCCGGGGGGAGUACGCCAUGAGCUCCCGGUCCAAGACCACGACGGUAGAGACCAACAGCAGCGGCGUAUAGGGGUGCCGCCGUGCCCGCGGACAUGAUCACGCAUCGGAAACAUCCCCCUCAACGUCACCACAGCCGGGGCUCUUUGACAAGGUCACGGAAUGGCUGCGACCGCUGGCAGACACACUGGACUUUCAUGCGCCAGCCAAGCCAUGCCCAGAUGCCUAGAGAGAACCAGAGAAUUGUAUAUUAUUUAUGGAUACAUAGAAAAUAUAUAAAUAUGUAGAGCUUAAAGGAAACAGGGGACUAGACUUUGACAUGCUGGACUGCUAGGCCCCCAUUGUGGAACAUCACCCCAGAGUGUGUGUGUGUGUGUUUGUGCGUGUGUGUGUGUGUGUG